UUUAUUUGUUUAUUCACACGUAUAUUUACAAUAUGCCUCUCGUGCGUUUAUAGCGCUACGUCUCCUUUGUGCACCGCAACGUUCCCCGCCCACCACGAAGAAAAUUGGCCUCUAGCUUUGCUGUUUAUCGAACGUCUCUGUAGUCUUUAAAUUUUACUAAGCUCUCUCAUUGAUUAAAUUUAACGUUGUAACGUGCAGAGUGUCGAGAUGAGAUACGGGGAAAUAAUUUUUUUUGGCAGACAAAGGCACACAUGCUGCACGAAUGCGUUCCAUACAUUUUGAUACACUAAUUGUGCCCGUUGCCUGCAAAGCUUGUCCCUGCGGACAUUCCUUCUUCAACGCACGGCGCAACUCUAUCAAAAGCCCACCUAGCCCCGACGGUGGAGUGAUGAAGACAAGGAGAACGAAUCGCAUUAAACGCGAGAAGCCAAAUUAUUAUGACGCCUUGGAGUAUGACAAACAGAUGAAGAAAAGUGCCAAGAUCAGACGGAACACAGACAAUGCAAACGACAUCGACUGUCGACAGUUGAAUAAAAAGAAGAAACGAAAAGGAAAGGGAAAGGGCAAGAAUGGCAGUAGCAGUGGUAUGGGCGACGACGACGACGAGAUGGACGGGAUCAAUGGAUUAUCGCCCGAGAAACAGCUCACUUGUUCCCUCAUAUUACAAGAACUGAACAACAAGAUGAGAGUGGUAGCUUGGAAGCCUACGUGAAAUCUGCAAUAUAUGUAGAUGCAUGUAUCCCUUUGACGAUCUCAAUGACCAUUAGUCCGACGUGAUUUAUCACGCACGCUGGUGAGGUGCAAGCGGGGUGAACCUAGACGGUGUAACGUGCUGCGUGCAUUGAUCCUAUAUGAUAUGGAAAAUUAAAGUUACCAAAUUUACAUCGAGUUUAAGUCUCCAUACAGAAAUAACUGCCAUAAAAGUCUCCGAUCGACGUAAUUUUUCCUAGCACUCUUACGCAUCAUAUUUUUUUUUGUCGUGCUUGAGAAUUGUAAUGUUAUCUCAAAGCUUCUGCAUAUGGAAUAUAUGAAUUUGCAAC